AUGUUAGAUCUCCAGAUUGCCCUUUUCCUCGACCCCGUCCUCCACCCCGUCCUCCACCCCGUCCUGGAGGCAUUUCUUGCCUUGACGCCUCAGAUAAUAUCUCUGGCCCUGCCUUCUAUAGCCUCCCCAGACCUUGCAGACCUUGCCUCUGCAGACCUUGCCUCUGCAGAUAUUGCCUCUGCAGAUAUUGCCUCUGCAGAUAUUGCAGCGGCUGCAAGUUUCUGA